AUGAAAUAUUAUGAUGAAAAGUUUAGCGAAAGAGAAAAUCUUUCUUUUCAACUAUUUCCUAAUAGUAGCCAUCAAGAAAAUCUUGUCCGAAUUAAGUCCCUUUAUCAAAAGGCAAAAUCAUAUUAUUCAGUCGGUUCCUCGAUUAAUUUCGACAAAGAAUUAAUUUUAAGUGAAACUAUUGUUAUAAACUUGGAAUUUUUAAAAAAAGACUUAUCUCAAUACUAUACCCCAUUGCCAGUAGUUAAGUUUAUUUCAUCAAUUUUAGAUAUUAGACCUAACCAAUUAGUAAUAGACCCCGCUGGCGGUAGUGCUGAUUUCUUAGUAGACAUUUCCGAAGAUGCCCAUAAAGUAGCCCACAUAAAUAUGAUUUUACACGGUGAUGGAAGAGGAAAAAUGAAUGUGUUAGAUAGUAUAGAAGAGUAUGAUAAAAUGGAUGAAAAAUUUGAUUUUUGUAUUACUAAUCCGCCUUUUGGUGACAAGACCAUCUGGCAAAAGGAUGAAAAACUUUUAGAAAAAGAUGGAAAUAGAGUUUAUUCUUUAUCUGCUUAUUCUUAUCAGUUAGGAAUUUUAUUUAUUGAAAGAACAAUUAACUUGCUGAAAGAAGACGGAAUUUUGGUUAUUAUUUUGCCUUCGGGGUACUUAAAUAAUCAAAGUUUAAAAUAUAUAAGAGAAUAUCUUCUUAAAUAUAGAAUUAUUGCUGAUAUUUCUUUACCCGAAGGAGUAUUUAAAGGUGCUGGAACAGGAGUAAAAACAGACAUCUUGAUUAUGAAAAAAGAGAUAAAUCCUCCGCAAAAUUACAAAAUUUUCGUAUCCUCCCCCAAAAAACUUGGUUUUAAUUAUCGUAGUAAGAAACUUGAAACUAUAUACAAAAUUGAUAAAAAUAGUGGUGAGUAUCUUCAAAGCAGCGAGAAUACCAAUAUUCCUGAUGAUGAGUUAAAUGAAGCGGUGGUUGAGAAAUUUAAAAAAUUUUGUUGCGAUGAAAACUUAGAAGGAUUUGAGAAGUAUAAAGUGGAGGAUGAGUCUAAUUCUAAAUUAGAAACUUACGAUUUUUUAAGGUUAGAAGAAUUAAAAAAGGAUGAAAAUUACAAACUAAAGCCCGAACUUUUUCUUAAUUCUUUUCGAGAACAUAUGAAUAAACUUGUCAAUAAGAAAGCAAUAACUUUACGAGAACUUUUAAAUGCUGGGGAAGCAAUAUCAGUUGAAAAUAAACGCUCUAUUGAAGUUAAAGACUCUGCUGAAUAUUGA